AUGUCCGAAUCGCGUAAGAACGACACGGAGAAGAAUUGUAAUAAUUUGGUAUCAACUUUCAUUCCAGCCGGAGCGUGCCCACGCGGAACGACCUACCAGGAGGGCUGCAACACCUGCAACUGCAACGCGGUGAACGGCCUGACGAGCUGCACGCAGUAUCCGUGCGACGUCACUUCGAACUCGGUAGUUUCGACGACGACCACCACCACCGAGCGCCCGCUGCCGUUCUUCACCCCUGCGCCCUUUGGGCCCAUACCGCCACCGGUCGCAAAGAACUACGAUUGUCCACGGGGUAACGAGUACAAGGAGGACUGCAACACUUGCACUUGCGAUCCCGUCACCGGAGUCAUUUGCACGAGAUUCGCGUGCGCUCCGCAAACGGUAACAGUCGGACCAAACUAUACGUGCCCGAAGGGCUACGCGUGGGAGGAGGACUGCAACGUCUGCACUUGCGACGCGAUCAAAGGACCAAGUUGCACCAAAAACAAAUGCGCUCCACCACUCCCGAUCAACCCAACUGGAAAGACUUACUCGUGUCCAAGGGGUGCGAUCUACUACGAGGACUGCAACGUCUGCACUUGCGAUCCCGUACACGGACCGGCCUGCGAGCAGAAACAGUGUACUCCGAAAACGACGACGACAACGACGACGACGACGACGACGACAACCCCAAAACCUAAUCUCUGCCCGCAAGGAGAGUCUUAUCGGAUCGACUGCAACUACUGUCAUUGUGAUCACGAUGGAAAAGUAUUCUGCACGGAGAGACCUUGCCGUCCCAAGGAAGACAAGGACAGGAUUUCAGAGGAAGUAAAUCUCUGUCCGCAAGGCACUUCGUACAAGAAACUCUGCAACAGCUGCUCUUGUGAUCCGAAAACUGGAGCCGAACUCUGCACGGAACAUCCCUGCGAUCCAACGAAUCCUGAACGAAUAAACAUGUGCCCGAUGGGCCGCAUGUACAUGAAGGAUUGCAACGUUUGUUUAUGCAAUGCGGCGACCGGCCUGGAACUGUGCACAACCAACACUUGCUCGAAGGUCGAUACAAAUGGGAAAAAUGUUUGCCCACGUGGACAAGUUUACUGGGAAGGCUGUAGCAGGUGCUUCUGCAAUCCGGAGAACGGUUUGACCAGCUGCGAUCAGAAAGACUGCCCGCAAAAAGCUGUGAUUGAAACGAGCACUCAAGAACCUGAAGUCAAGUGCCCUCGGGGCUCGAACUACACAGAUGAGUGCAGCCCGUGCACGUGUAAUCCAACAAACGGUUUCACGUCUUGCAAUUAUACGCCUUGUGAUACAAAAAUCUCAUUGUGCCCUCGAGGUUUGGCUUUUGAAGGCAAAGAGCUUGAAGGGGGAUGCAAAGAAAAAUGUGAAUGCGAUCCAUUAACCGGUCAUGUUAUGUGUGCUGCGAACAGUUGUAACCCCCCCAUCGUCAUACCCCACCCGGAGUGCCUUCGAGGUUUGGAUUACGAGACCGAUGAAGAUACAAAUGGAUGCAGGAAAAAAUGCCAAUGCAAUCCGACAACCGGUGUAACAUCUUGUUAUACAGAUUGUACUCCCCGAAUCAUAAAUAUCAUCAGUUACUGUCCAAAGGGUGAGCUUUAUGAUGUUGAUGAGGAGUGUAAAAGAUGCGAAUGCCGUCCAAAUGACGGUCAAACCAAAUGUGUUCCCAAAUCUUGUCCUGACCAAUUCUCAACUCCUUUCAGGGACCCUUGCCCAGAAGGUCCACAUUUUAACAUCGAUGGGGGAUGCAAAAGAUGCCACUGCAGUCGAAUAACCGGUGAAGUAACUUGUUACGUUAAAGAAACUUGUCGUGCCCAGUACACAGCGACAUCAACGACGACGCCACCGCCGUUCUAUUAUUCGACCCCGUCGCCGCUCAAUACUCCGCAGCCGCAGACUUGCCCGCCCGGCAAGCACUACCACGAGGGAUGCAGGAUUUGCUACUGUCGCUCGAACGGCUUCGGCCACGACUGCUACGAUGAUGGUUGCGCGCUCCCUCCGCAGGGGCAAGUGGGAUCGUUCAUCAACAAUUUUGUGAAUGGGCUCUUAUCAGGAUAG